AUGAGGGGUACCAAUAGCAAGGCUCCAAAAAAUUAUGAGCAUCUUGUACUAGCCCAUCCAAGCCCAAUGAUCGCAAUUAAAUGGACGGCCCUUAGUCUGCGACCUAUUAAAAAGGAUGGAACCCUAAAAGGAGGGUGCAGUGGUCCUACAAUGGGGUCUUGCAGUGGUGAAAGUGCAGGUAACAAGCAAGUGGUAGCUGCUGAUAAAGACCACAUAUGGAGCAGCAAGAAAGUGGAAGAUGAGGGUCUGAAUCUGAACACUGUGGAGUGCCUUAGAGGGAGAUUACUGGCAGAGAGACAGGCUUCAAGGGUGGCCAAGAUGGAAGCAGAAUCAAUGGGGAACAAGUUGGUUGAGUUGGAAAAAUUGCUUAGAGAAGAGACCAAAUUAAGAGAUAAAGCUGAAAGAAGACUCAAGUUUUUGAAAAAGAAGAUUGGAUCUUUCAGCAUACCCUCCAAGUCAGGGCAAUUGGAGCAUUCUGAUUCGUCGGAGAAAUAUGAAAAUUCUUGCGAAUCAUCUUCGAUUAGUUCACUUUCCAAACAUUCAGAAGAAAUCGAAAUAAAGCAUGAUGCCAAAAUUCCAGCUUUGCCAGAAAAUGUAGAUCAUAGUGACAAUGUUUCAGAAGCCUCUACUCUUACUCAGACCCACAAUAGUCCAUCCAGUACAAAAGAUUGCGAUUCUCAAAAUACUGAUAAUUUCAGUAGUAAUUCAGACCCAAGUGAUUCUUCCCCACAAAUUCUUAGCGAGAAUCCGAAUCUGAGCUCUGGGAAUUUGAAGAAUGACGAAAGCAGGUUUUCCAGCUUAAGCUCAAGAUCAUCAUCAGUGACAGAGAAUGAGAGUGAUGAUGCGGAUUUCUGUGAUCAUUCCCUGGCAUUAGUUCCCGUGACUGUGACACCUACAUCACAUGCCACCAGUAAUCCCAAACCAAUUAAUGUGAGUGUCCUUGAAGCUCUAGAAGCAUUGAGGCAUGCCAGAGAAAGGCUCCAAAGUUCAAUGAGAUCAAGCCAAAUGAUUCAUGUUGGUCCAAUUUAA